GUUUCUUCUUUUAUUUCCUCUUUCUUGUAGUUCUCUUGUGUUUGAAGUUUCAAAAACUUGUACUCCAAGCAUUUCUUCUUGUCUCCCUAUGCCUAUCUCUUUCUAUUAACUUUUUGUGAGUGAUAAUUAGAUCUGGAACAGUUUUAAGCAAAACCCCACUUUUCAUUUAUUGCAUUUCUCAAAUCUAACUGCUUCUUGGUCAUUAAAGUUUGAAUUUUUAAGUUGAAAGCUAACAUUUUUAUUGAUUUCUUUUAUCAACUGUAAAUGCCUUUCUUUUAGUGAAAUUAUUAGGUGUGCUCAGCUUUUUCCCUGUAACUGUUAGUGCGAUGGAGAUUUCUUUUUGAUUUUGCUAAUUUGGAAAUUUGAGUUCUUAAUCUGGGAAUCUUGUUGAGGUUUUGUUAUUAUACAUGUUAGUGCAACUUUGCUUCAAAGUCUUGAUAGUUUAGAUGCUGUUCAUUUAUCUGAAAAGGAGACUCUGGCUCUGUUACAGAACCUCCUUGCGUCUAUUUGGCUCUUUGCUGUUCAGUAGAUUGGCUGCGGUUUUGCUUUAGUUGUUAGCAUUUCUGGGCUUCCUCUGGCAAGUUGGAGUUGGAGAGCUUUUGAGUUAGAGGAGAUCGAUGUCUAUCAGAAAGGCAUUGGUGAGCAUGAGGAAGAAUGGAAAUUCCCACUCAGGAAGGUUGUUUGGUGAUAGAAGAUGGCUUAUUCCAUUCUUUACAAGCUUCCUUGUGUUUUUAAUCCUGUUCUCUUCAGCUACUUUUGGGAUAUUUACAUCUACUUAUGGGGGAGAGCAGGUUCCAUUUGACAUUGUUUCGUAUAAAAGGCCGGAGAACUCAAAUGGGUAUUUUGUAGAAUCGGAUUUAAAGAAAUGGUUUAAUAGAAGUAGGUAUUCAGAAUUGGAACCGCCUAGAUUAGCUUAUCUCAUUUCAGGUACGAAGGGUGAUAGUCAAAGAAUGAUGAGGACUUUGCAGGCUGUGUAUCAUCCUAGAAACCAGUAUAUCCUACAUUUGGAUCUUGAGGCACCCCCUCGAGAAAGGUUGAUGUUGGGAGUGUAUGUGAAGAGUGAUUCGACGUUUCAAGAAGUUGGGAAUGUGCGUGUAAUGGCACAGUCCAACUUGGUGACUUACAAGGGGCCUACUAUGAUUGCUUGUACCCUUCAAGCAAUUGCAAUCAUGUUGAGGGAGAGCUUGGAGUGGGACUGGUUUAUCAAUCUCAGUGCUUCAGAUUAUCCUCUUGUGACACAAGAUGAUUUGCUCCAUGUGUUCACAAAUUUGUCUAGAAAUCUUAAUUUUAUUGAACACACACGGCUAACUGGAUGGAAAAUGAACUCCAGGGCAAAACCAAUUGCUAUUGAUCCAGGCCUUUACUUAUCAAAGAAAUCCGACCUUUCUUUGACCACUCAACGGCGAUCACUUCCUACUUCUUUCAAGUUGUUUACUGGUUCAGCAUGGAUAAUGCUAACUCGAUCAUUUCUUGAGUACUGUAUAAUGGGAUGGGAGAACCUUCCACGAACUAUCCUGAUGUACUAUACAAAUUUCGUCUCCUCUCCUGAAGGAUAUUUCCACACUGUUAUUUGCAACACUGAAGAAUUCCAAGACACAGCCAUAGGCCAUGAUCUCCACUACAUAGCCUGGGACAACCCUCCUAGGCAGCACCCCAUCUCUUUGACAAUGAAACACUUCGAUAAAAUGGUUAAAAGUAAUGCCCCAUUUGCCAGGAAAUUUGCAAGGGAUGAUCCCGUUUUGGACAAGAUUGAUAAAGAGAUUCUAAACCGCACAAGCAGGUUUGCUCCUGGAGCAUGGUGCAUUGGCAGCUCAGGCAAUGGAUCUGAUCCAUGCUCCAUGCGUGGUAAUUAUUCCCUAUUUCGACCAGGUCCUGGUGCUGAAAGGUUGCAAGAACUGCUUCAGUCAUUGCUAUCCGAAGAUUUUCGAAAAAAACAGUGUUCAUGAUGAAAUGAAAUUUUUACAUGACUUUGAAUUGUACAUUGGUAUAUUCAUAGAUCAUACAGCUUGCGUACACAACAAAACUGUUUUUUAAGAUGAAAUUGUAACAGUUCCGUUGUAUUUU